AUGAAUCGUAUCGUUUUGCUCGUCCUAAUAAGUCUUUGCUCUGCGUCGACAGUGCUUGCCGAUGGAUUGCCACAUUACAUAGCUGAAAACAGCUUUGACAUCUCUUUGCGAGUAUGUGCUGAGUAUUUCUUGGUAUCGAACGAGACCAUUGAUGGGUACUACCAACAGGGAUUCCCAGAGAUAGAAGAAGUUAAGCAACUCUUACGAUGUGCAAUGAUCAACUUGGGUGCUUACGACGAUACCUUCGGCCCACUGGAGUACGUUUUGGGCAACGUUUUCAAGCCAUGUCCUUCGGAUACUGAAUACGCCGAAAGGACCAGAAGUUGUGUGAAGAAAGCACUGGAUUCCAUAUGCCCGAGCGAUGUUUUCUCGCGUGCCUACGCCAGUUUCAUGUGUUACUACCGCGGAUAUGGAAACUUGAUUACCGACGAAUUCUUCAUACCGAACUCACUGUUGGAACUCACGCAGAUGAUGCUCUUCGUCCAAAGCUCUCUGAACUUGCCUGAUGAAGUUUUGGUUCAAUACAGCCAAGGCAAUAUUUUGAAUGAACCAAACUUCCCCAACGUCCUGUAUGUGUGGGCCGUUCGCGGUGGCUACUUCUCGGUAGAUGAAGGAAUUCAGCUCGAAAACCUCUACAUCCAGUAUGGAAUUCCGGGGCUGUUGAGCCAAGAAACACGGCAAUGUGCAGCGGACGUCGCCCAGGCGAACUGUAAUUUAGAUCUGGUCACCCUCCUGUACAACAUGUAUGUCACCUGCCUUCGCCCGUUACUGCCAUUCGAGAGUUUUGUUCAGACAUUCGCAGUGGAGCAACUCAAGUGUAAGACGUGUGGAGCAGUGCAGCCGGCAAAACCAAGCUACACAUAUUGA